UUGGAAAGGUGGCUACCCCUGUGAGAGUGUACUUCAAGAGCAUCGCACGGCAGGAGCCCAAGGGAUUUAUUUUUGAUAUUACUUACGGCUUUUUCUCGACAUCGCCUGUGAAAUACGAGGUGAUGCAAUCACCAACAAGUGCAGCUGGUCUGACGCGGACAAGUGGGGAGGUGGUUCCGUGGAGCGAGGGCGUGGCUUACAUGACAUUUUCACCUUCAAUCUCAACGGAAACCUUGCAACUGCUUCAAGUGAAGAUUGUGUGGGUCGAUGACAUCACCGCCGCUGGUGGUACUGCGGAGGGUGUAGAUCCUACAGUGCCACCGGAGGAAUUUGCAAAGAAAAACGCAACGCCGUCAGAAGGUACAAGCAAGGAGCCAUCUUCGCAGCAAUCCAAGGCUGGAGAUAAGAAGAGAAGGUCCGUGCUUGGUUUAGUAUUUAUACUUCUGUUUUCUCUCGCUGUAUUUAUGCUUGUCAUGUCAUUCGUCAACUAUCGGCUGAAAGGCGCAACUGAGUUCCCGGAGAUGAUCCCUUUUGUGGGGUUUUUUAGGUCAUGUGGACAGUACGUGUCGCUAGCGACAGAAGCAUUUAUGCGGGGCAGAGGUAAUCAUCGUGGUGGGUAUUCCGAUUUGAGCCACGAGGCGGUGAGCACGGACCGCAUCUAA